AUGGAUCAGGCCAAGCAAGAGAUACCCGUCAAGAUGAAGCAAGAAGGACCUGUUCCAACCCCUGUUCCGACCCCCUCCAGCCAGAGCCCAACAGACGAUGAGCGUGAAGAUGUUUUUGAUGAAAUCGUUGUCUGUGAAGAUGUGGUAGACCUUAGCGAAAUGGAAGAUCCGCUUCAUGAUCUAGUGUUUUGCAGCAUCCCUGGCGAUAAGGGGCGUGAAGGCUUGGUAGACGACGAAAAUGAAGUGGGCGAAGAAGACGGUGAAGAAGUUUUGGGCCCGGGGUUUGUAAGAGACUCAUCACCCCAUUACAGAGUCUAG